AUGCAUGACCAGCUGUGCUGGGUCGUCCUGAGAGACUGGCUGCUGCGCUGCAAGGCUAGACCUGGUGGCUUGGAGAGGUCCGGACAGCCGAGAGGCAAGAUGGACACGGGAAAGGCGAUGCUGGAGCUGAAGGCACACAAGCUGGCCCUGGCUUUUGUCGAGAGGCGCAUCGCCUCAGGCCUGGCGCGGCGCGACCUCGCGGCCCAGCAGUGGCUUGAGGUGCUCCGGCACAGUUUUCGGCCAGAGGCGGACAUGGCCGCGGUGCAGCGCAACCUGCAUGCGUUCUACGACCAGCUGUACAAGGCUGCGCUGCCGGUGGACAAGAAGGAGCCGCUGAAGCCGUGCCCGCUGCCAGAUUCGAAGGUGGCGCUCUAA